AUGGAUUAUGAUACUGGGGAUGAGAACGAGAAGCUGUUGCCGGAAGACCAAACCGAAGCAAAGGUGGGUGAUCGACUUGAGGGAUUGAGUUCGAAACCGGCUCCAACCCACCCCUUCAGGAAGUGGAUGGACAGUUUUCGAAUUCGCAAACGGAUCCCCCCGACAAUCCCCGAGAGAUUUGUGGAGGGCUGGCCAGACGCAUCCCAGGCGGACAUCGCGACGCAGAAUACGGGGCCGUUCCCCAGCUCCCUCCAUGAUCAGCACUGGGAAAAGUCAUCGGAACAUUCCUCACAUCUGGGAACGGUCAAGACCACAACUCUAAGCACUGUGAGUCAGAGUGCCGCCAGGUCUCGAGCCAACACUCUCAGUACGACCAACCAAAGCGCGACAUCGGACGUGCGAGCCUCGGGGGAUAGUUCUCGACCGACAUCAAGCAACUACUUGGAUGAAGCAGCAGAGCAACGAGCGACGAACCGACGUCGGGCUCUGCGGGAGAUUGUCUCGACAGAGGCUGAUUAUGUUCUUGGCCUGACAGCCCUGACAGGAGUGCUCUCGAUCAUCAACACCAGACCUCAGAUUUAUCUCAACAUACAGCGAAUUCGAGAGAUACACGAACAAUUCUUGACCCAAUUACAAGAAAUCUCGCCCCUGUCGUCCGGUCCGAUCCCGGAGGGAGCUUCGGACUUUCUGUCUCGGGGAUUUUCUAAGCGACUGGGCACCAUCGACCUUCCCGGAAUCAAAGGCUUACAGAAUCGGUCUAUCCGGACGAAAAGAUUCAAGGCAACACUUGAUCAACGCCUGAAGUCCCUUACUGCAGAACCACUGGAAUGUCUCGAGGUAGUCCGUGAAAUCGAUAAAUUGUCUAUUUCCUUUUCUGCAUACGAGGAGUUCUGCCGCAACUAUGAGCUUCUCACACAAGAUGUGGCCAUCUUGCGGCGUUCGGUCCCGAACUGGACAGAGUUUGACCAGGGCAUUGAGGCUCUGUCGAAGUCCGUUGCCUCCACCCAGAGCCGUAAAUACGAUGACAACCGGUCAAUGUCCAUGAAUGACUUGAUGAUCAAGCCUAUUCAACGCCUCUGCAAAUACCCGCUUCUCCUGCAAGAUCUCCUUCGACACACCCCUGUCAGUGACUGUCCGACUACUCACGAUGGAAUACGCCAGACAUUGGAAACGCUACGCAUAUUGGUUUCGCGAAUUAAUUCAGAGACUGGAAACCCUGUGAAUAAAGAUCGCAUUCAUAAAACGAUUCUGUUGCAAGGGAAAAUCGCCUUUUCCGAAACGCAUGCUCUUCAAAAUGUAUAUAAGGAGCUCGGCCCCAUGACUCUGUGUGGUGUUCUCCAUGUCACAUACCAGACGCCAGAUCAGAUAAUUGGGGAUUUCAUGGUUUGUGUUCUCUUCAACUGCUAUCUCUUUCUGGCGAGAGGCAUUGAGGACUUUCGCCGGUUGGAGACAGUGGCCUGCAUAUAUGUGGAUGACCUGAAAAUGGACUCUAUUCAAAACGGUCGGGGUCUUUCCUGUUACGGAUGCGCAUUCUCCUGGAAAAUUCUGUUUCAGGAGCAAGAAGAGAACUAUGAGUUUGUGCUCAGCGCAUCGUCCGCAGUGGAAGAGAGACACUGGAAGACCGAAAUCCUGAGAUGUUCUGCUUCCCUGAGUGAAAUGGCGAAGCCAGGUGGUGCAUGGGAUCCGAGAAAGUAUUCCUUCGUCAAUAUUGUUCUGGUACCCCUGGAUCGCGUACAGUAUGCGGUUGCUUCUCUGGCACGCAGAUCAUCCAUGGACUCCAUGACAAUCUCACGCAAGUACAAUGUUCAGCAAGUGGUGAUCAAGAAGACCCAUUACCCCCACAGCCACGACGAGUCAACCAAUGCCUCUGGGAGCGAGAUCGAACGGCCCAAGGAGCCGGCCAUACGGGGCCCACUCACCGUCGCUGCCCGGAGGAUUGAUCGAAUUCGAUUGGAAAAACUGGUCGCGAACGUUUACUCUCGCAAUGUGCUUCCAUUUCCAGGUAUGGUGCUGGGUCGCGGAGAAUUAUUUCGACGUGGUACGAUCAUGAGACGCCUGAGUUUUCAUGGCGGAUUCAACAGACGAGCAAGUUCUGUCAGUACAUCCCACGUCGGGGCCUUGGCGACAGACGAGGACAACGGGGAGGAAAGAGAGUUGCCAACGGGACCCGAUGGAUGCGAUGAAUUCCCACUAGCAUCGGAGACGGAGUGUGUGUCACCGAAGACACCCACAUCCAUCACUGGACGCUCCAAGACCCAUCGGUUCCGAGGACCACCUAAGAAGUCCACAGGAUCGGUCACUUCACCACGGAGUGAGAAGCGCUCUAGUGGGAAUAGUGGAGAAUUUUCUCCCACUCGAAAGAAAUGGACGACCUUGAGCUUGUUUGGUGCAUUGUCGCCGAAAGGGCUGGUACGCGCCCGACCGACGAUGGGUCCAGGGAUUGGGGAUUAG